UCUGUUUAAGUACACAAUUUAAUUUGUUAUACAGUAGCUUGGUAAAUUAAUUCAAUAAAAUUAUUAGUAUCAGCAAGAAUGCGACUUAUAAUUGCGACAGUAAUUGCCGUCUUGGCAAUUAACAUCGUACAGGCCGGGACUGCAGAAAAUGUAAACAAAUCUGAUGAGUUCGUGGCUACACAUGAAUGGCAAGUGAUACGCGAAGGUCAGGGCAUACCCAAGGGGCUGCAUGUGCGAAUUAAUAUGCAGACGGGCGUCAAGGAGGCCAAGUUGCUGGACGAAAGCGAGCGAGGAACAGCGUUGCAAAGUCAAGCCGGCGAAGAUGACAAAGGAGAUCAAAAGCCACUGGCUUUAGAGCAUCAGGCAAACAUCAUUGAAGAAUCAGUGCGCAAAGCCAAGGAGCAGAAACGCAGCUAUGCAGAGUUGCGCAAGGCUUACAAGGAUUUCCAAAAGAAUUUUCGCACAGAUGGCGAAGUCAUUGUGCAGCUGCUGGAGCAAUACCGAAACUUCAGCAAGACGCCGCUGGCGAGCGAACUGAAGCCCAAGUUUAAUGUGCUUGAUAAUCUGGAGUACAUGUUGCAUCAAAUUGAUAAUGCACUUGUAUUCAUAGACAGCGGAGGACUGGAGGAUGUACUGCUGCCCAUUGUGGUCAACGAUACUAACACGGAUCUAAAAGUGUCAGCCAUGCGUGUGCUGGGCGCCUUGACGGCAAACAAUCCUAAGGCUCAAAUAAAAGUGUUUGAGCGCAACUUUGGUUCACAUUUGGCCCAAAUACUGAUGACUUCUACAAACAGCGCAGAGGUUUCAUCAGCUCUACAUGCCUUGGGUGCAAUGUUGCGAAAAUUCCCAUUGGCUCAAGAGCGCAUACUCUCCACAAUCGGCACACAGGCUUUCAUCAGCGUGCUGAGCAACAGUCAAGUGGAGCUACGCAAUAAGGCAAAGGUUGUUACUCUAAUUAGCGAUCUGCUCUUGGAAAAGCGUUCGGCGUUUGAAAAUAACAUGGACGCCUCAGAGGCUAUUGCACAAUACGCAUUGAUUGAGCUUGAAACCUGGCUUAGCAAUCAGGGUUACUGCGCUAAAAUGGAGGCGGUGCUUAGCAAGGACUACGUGCAGCUAUUGGAUCAGCCCGAGACUGUGGAACAGUUCUCUGUGGCACUGGAGAGCACAGAGCAAAUGUGCCGCUCUCUUUGGUCCAAGAGCGCCACUCUGCGACACGCGCUGCUCACCUUGCGCAAUAGGUACGCCCGCAGUGAGGAUGAAUAUCGAUUGGAGGUUUCUCAAGCGUUGACCAAAGUCUGUGCGAAUUUCUUCGAGCAGCGCAGUCAUAGUGAUCUUUAAGUUUGUUUAUAAGUUAAACUCAAGCUAUGUUAGUCAAUACUCCGUAAAAGUGGCCAAAAUGUGACUAAUUAUAAUUAAGCAUUUAAUUGAACGUGUAACAAUUAAGUAUAGGUUACAUGCCCCAACUAAGUUGCCACACUGCACAAUUAUUUAAAGCGCAAUAAAGCAGCAGGUCAUAAAGUAAGUAAGUCAAA